AACUUGACAAUGGAAUCUAGUAGAUCAACUGUAUCUGAGCUGGCAAAUGAGUCUACUGAGCUUGGAGAUGACAGAAAGUUAAAUGAAGUUCUAGGAGAUGAAAAAGUGAUGGAAUCUUCAACUGUUGGUGUAAAUUCUGAUGUCCAGAAAGAAAUCAAAAGUAUAAGUGCAAAUAACCACCAUGCUAACCACACUGUUCAAAAAAUACCUCAGACACAGGAUAAUUCGACAGGGAGUCUGUACAAGCUGUAUGAAGAGAACUUACUCUAUGAAUCUGAUGAAGGUCAGUGGGACGAACAGAGCUCCUUUAACUUGGAAUUGGGACCUGUUGUGUACGAGGAAAGUGCGAUUGAUGUGGUUCUCCAACACAUUCCCACCUACUGCAAUCGAACCAAUGAUUAUGUGGAAAGUGUUGCAUCCGUUCAAGGAGGCCCGAAAGAUAUGAACAGCAAACAAUCGUACACAAACGACCAUAAAGUACACGUGAUCCAUGAACAUGGCCCUGAAAACAAUUCCAAUACUCAGACAUCUCCGGAAGGUAACCUUGUCCAUGUUGAAGAUAUUCAAAUACACCUGCCAAAUAAUCAGCUAGCCGUUCAUCAAAGAUACGACAGAACAGUCAGUGGCAAUAGACUGCUUAAAGUAGUUGUCGAUGAAGAUAAUAACAGAGCGAAAGCAAUUGGUUCUCUUGAGGAUGUGCGUGUCGUCACCCCUAAGACAAUUAGCAACGAAUCUCUAAGCGCUUCCAAAUCAGAUCUCGUCUACUUACAUAAGCUGGAAGGGAGAGGAAAACGUAAAACUGUUAAAAACCCAUGCGCGAUGGCCGAGACAGAUCCUUAUGAAAAAUAUGCAUACACUGCCAACAUGAAUAAUUCUGUUCAUUGUAAUAACAACAAGAAAAGAAAUUCGAAAAUUUUCAAUUUCAUAAGACCAAGAGACGACGACAAAAGGAAUUCCUUUAUUAAAUCCGUGGAAUUCUCGCCAGAAGAGUUCUUUGAAAGCUAUGCUCGUUUUCCGGAUAAAUCGUUGAAAGCAUCGAAUUGCAAUGAUGUUGAACAUAAGAUUAGAAAUGCCGAUAAAACUAAUGGAAACCAUACCCAGCAUAGCUCAAUGAGCAUGCAGCAUGAAAUGGACCAGGGUCAAGAAGCCCCUUGUGACAGGGCAAAAGUAUAUGUAUACCGUGGUCAAUCGGGGACAACUUCAAGCUGCGAUAGUGAAAGUGAAACCGAGUUAAGACCCAAGCUCGACUUGUCUCACCUCUACUGUGCUGCAGAGUUAGCUUCCAGAAAUUCAAAAGAAAGCAGCGGGACACUGUCUGCAGCAAGUGCAGAUGAAGAUGAGGGGAGAUUUUCAAAGGACGUGACAGGGCACCGACAGUCUGACAAGAAUAGCUGGAACACUUGGUGCGACUUGUCCUCAGAAGACAGCAGCUUCAACAAAUGCAAAAAUCAGUGGUCUAAUCAUAUUGAAGGUUUUGUCAUAUAGACAUUAACCACCGAGAGGAGCCGAACUUUAGAGGGAGGUCGAUAUUAGCUUACGUGUGCCCCGCAAUCACCAUGUGCACAGGUGUUUCUCGUGACAAAGGAAACCGCAGUCUAAACAGAGGCAGUCUAUUACAAAUCCCCCAGGGCGAAAAAUAAUUCCCCAAUACGUCCGUUUUAAAUGAAGACAUUGGAAAUAUCUGAGUCAGCUGAAUAUUGAUGUGCAGUAUCUCCGUCCUACUGAUUGGUAAAGAAAGAAAUCCACGGGCACACAAUAAAAUUUAUUUAUUUAUAUUUU